GUCGUCUAAAACCUUAGCCCGUCUGUUGGGGUUCACUGUCCGCUAAGCCUUGUUUCUUCUUUCGCCAUGGAAGCUUCACCUUCCAACUCUCACCAGCUCCCUCCCGCCCCGAAAUUCCAACCCAACACCGAAAGAAUCAAACGGCGCCUUCUAAAAAAUGGCGUGUUCCCUACUCCCAAGAUCGUCCACACCCUCCGCAAGAAGGCGAUUCAGAAGCACGACCGCAAACAGGACAAGAACUCGGCACAAUCCCAGGAUGUUUUCCCGCCCGCCCAACAGCAGGCCCUUCUCGAGGAGGCCCACUGCGAGAAAUUGAAGCGGGAGUACAAGGAGUUCAAUAAAGCCGUGAACUUGAUGGUGGGCUUGCCCUGGGAGGGCGUGGAGAGGGUGACGCUGAGGGAGCUCGCGAGUGCGAGGGAUGAGUACGAGGUUGGGGUUGUGAGGAGAACGAGGUUGAGGGAGUUGGGUGAGAUGUUUGAGGGGAGGAAGAGGGAGGAGUUGCAGUGGGUUUUGGAAGAUGAUCCUGUUGAAUGGAAAGGGAGCUGGGUGGAGAGGGAAGGCUCGGAUUGGGACCCGCAGAAGAGUAGGAAGAGGAGAACAGAGUCCGAGGUAGUAAAGUUCUUGGUCACCAGGUUGAGCGCGAGCGAGAUUGAUAAAAGGGACUGGAAAUUUUCGAGGAUGAUGAAGCAAUCAGGGUUGCAGUUCACUGAAGAACAGUUGCUUAAGAUUCUUGAAGGCCUCGGCAGUGAGGGGCGCUGGAAACAAGCGAUGUCGGUUGUGGAAUGGGUGUAUGAUGAUAAGCAACAUAGGCAUUGGAAGAGCAGGUUUGUUUACACGAAACUCUUGGCAGUUCUUGGGAAGGCAAGGAGGCCCCAAGAAGCUCUCAAAGUUUUCAAUCAGAUGCUGGAGGAUUUCCACAUAUACCCUGAUAUGGCCGCAUACCACAGCAUUGCUGUUACACUCGGGCAAAGUGGGCUUGUGAAAGAACUGCUUAACCUUAUUGAGUCCAUGAGGGAGAAAACUCGCAAGAAGAUUAAGAACUUGCGUAAAAAGAGCUGGGACCCAGUCCUUGAACCCGACCUGAUCGUGUAUAAUGCUGUAUUGAACGCGUGUGUACCAUCUCAUCAGUGGAAGGGUGUUUCUUGGGUGUUUGAGCAAUUGAGGAUGAGUGGCCUGAAACCCAAUGGAGCCACAUAUGGACUAGCAAUGGAGGUAAUGCUUCAAUCCGGAAAGUAUGACCUCGUCCACGAGUUCUUUCGCAAGAUGAAAAGAAGCGGGGAAGCUCCGAGAGCGAUCACUUAUAAAGUGCUUGUCACGAGUUUCUGGAGAGAGGGGAAAGUUGAUGAAGCUGUGGAAGCUGUGAGGGAUAUGGAACGCAGGGGAGUGGUUGGAACAGCCAGUGUGUAUUAUGAGUUAGCUUGCUGUCUCUGCAACAAUGGAAGAUGGCAAGAGGCUGUGGUGGAGGUUGAGAAGUCAAGAAAACUUCCUCAUGCAAAACCUUUGGAAGUUACCUUCACAGGCUUGAUAAUUUCUUCCAUGGAAGGCGGACAUAUAGAUGAUUGUAUAUCCCUUUUCAACUACAUGAAAGGACAGUGUGAUUGCAGCGCUAACAUUGGGACCAUAAACACCAUGCUUAGGAUCUACGGGCGGAAUGAUAUGUUCUCAGAAGCUAAGGAACUGUUCGAAGAAAUCAAAGGAACCCAACUCCCUGAAAGGACUUCCAGUGGUAGUGACAAUGUUGUCCAUGUUUCACUCAUUCCGGAUGAGUACACAUACAGCUUGAUGCUUGAGGCUUCUGCCAGAGCACUGCAGUGGGAAUAUUUUGAAUAUGUUUACAAGGAGAUGACCCUCUCACACUAUCGGCUGGACCAAACAAAACAUGCAUCUUUUCUCAUGGCAGCAUCUAAAGCUGGAAAGGGGCAUCUUCUCGAGCAUGCAUUUGAUUCAAUUCUCGAAGCUGGUGAAGUGCCUCAACCUCUGGUUUUCCUUGAGAUGGUUUUUCAAGCCACGGCUCAACAUAACUAUGAGAGAGCUGUCACCCUUAUCACGAUAAUGGCCCAUGCACCAUUCCAAGUUACUGAGAAGCAGUGGACCGAGCUCUUCGGGAGGAGUAACAGAAGAAUCCCCGAGGAAUGCUGGGAGAAUCUCUUAGGUGCCCUCCGCAAUUGUCCUCUAGCAAAUGAAGCCACGGUGACCAACUUGGCGAGAUCAUUGAACUCUCUCCUCGAAAGAUCAGUUGAAUCGGGAGAAAUCUCUAGCUUGGGCAAGGGGACUGGAAAUUCUCAGGCAGAUUUGGUGGGCAGAAGAAGCCUUAGUUUCGGCCAAGACGACCUUGGCACUGUGAAUCACGGUACAUCUGACGGAGGUGAACCCAAAAUAGACAUGAGAGGAGAAAAAUGUUACAUUGCUGGAGAGGUCUGUGGCGAUGACUUGCCAGAGGGGGAGUCGAACGGUAUAGACAGUAUACUCUCGACAUUUAGAUUGGAUGACGACUUAGAGGACGAAGAUGAGGAAGAUAAUGACGAUUUGGAGCUUGGAUUAGAAUACGACUCUGACGAAGAUGAAGAGAUUGAACCGGACUUGCCCUCAGCGGAGGAGAUACUCCAAAUGUGGAAAGAGAGCAGGCAGAAGGACGAUUCAACGCCAAAUUAGUACCAUCUUACUCGGAAUCCACAAUAUCGUAUAUAUUGUUCCUGAAAAAGUUCCUCUGCUACCGGAGCUGAACUUUCCAUAAGAGUUGUUGUCCAUAGACUCUACAGAUGUACCAAGUUUUUUGUCGACAAAUUUAAGAUGACUAAACUGCACAAAAUUGCAGAGGUGCCAAAUAUAUAUACUAAUGUACGAAGAAAGAUGUUCUCAGCUAAUGCCUUGCUGUUAAUCUGCAAAUCAUGUCUUGAGAAUAUUCUUCGAACUGUAUGAUAAAUACCAAUGGUGGAGGUGAAAUCUUUACGGGCUCGAA